AAGUACGAGUAGUAGGCCAUGCAGUUGCCAUAAAUCAGAAGACGAAGAUUCAUUUCCCACUUCAAGGCUCAAACCGGUUACAUCGUGUCGUUUUAUUGGUGACAAAUCAGUUUUACUUUUUCUGGCAUUCUAGAAUUGUGCAAAAGUUGCACUACUGUUAAGCGCUGCACACCAAAAAAGGGGGCUGCAAAUUAAACAAAUUGAAAAGGUGUUUUUUAAUUUCCAAAAAGACUCGAAACUCAGCAAAUAAAAAUGGAUGAGCUGCUCACUGACGAAGUUAUGUAUGCAAACCGUCCUUCCGAAAUUGUUGAUAUGCUCCGCAAUAUUUAUACUAACCUUGAUGCACCAUCGCCGCGCCAAGUGAAGAAAAAGCCCAAGAUGCCCUUCCGCCGUGUGUCAUCAGUACAGCAGGCGAUUCUUCGAGACUCGCCCAAGCUCGUUUGCAUCUGCGAGCGUGGCAAAAAUUUCUACCAUUGUGAAAACUGUAGGAAGAGCAUGCAUGGACGCGCUGCCCAGGUUUGUCCUGUCCAUCCUUCGGUUUUCUUUUUGAUGGACUUUCGCGGAUGUCCCUAUUGCGCUGACGUUAUCAUAGCCGACAAGACUGACGAACAACCAGAUGAUGGCGCCAUUUAAGCGUGUGUUGGAUCUUCCAACUGAAAUUAUGCGGAAAAAGGCAAGCCUCACAGCUCAAACAAAAUAUAACAAAAUUCUUUAAAAAAUAAAAGAGUUCCAUGC